UGGCCCAGAAUGUUACUUUUUGUGGACUUCAUCUGCACUAUCCGUCCUAAAUCAUAGUCAUCGUUUCAGUUACACGGCACAACUUAACGCAGUCUCUACGUUGGCGCUCUCCCGCUAUGACUCUGUACACGUUUCCAGAGAACUGGCGGGCCUUCAAGGCUCAGAUUGCUGCUCAGUACAGUGGCGCUCACCUCAAAGUGGCCAGCAGCGCCCCUGCCUUUACCUUCGGGCAGACGAACCGCACCCCUGCCUUCCUCAACAACUUUCCCCUGGGCAAGGUACCAGCCUACCAGGGAGACGACGGGUUCUGUCUGUUUGAGAGCAACGCCAUUGCCCACUACUUGAGCAAUGAUGCCGUGCGUGGUGCCACCCCCCAAGCUGUGGCUCAGGUGCUGCAGUGGGUGAGCUUUGCUGACUCUGAGAUCGUCCCCCCAGCGAGCACAUGGGUGUUCCCCACUCUUGGAAUCAUGCAGUUCAACAAGCAGGCCACAGAGCAGGCAAAGGAGGAUGUGAAGAAGGUGCUCACGGUCCUCAACCAGCACCUGAACACUCGCACCUUCCUGGUGGGUGAGCGUGUGACCCUUGCCGACAUCACCGUGGCCUGCUCCAUGCUGUGGCUCUUCAAGCAGGUCCUUGAGCCAUCUUUCCGCCAGCCUUACACCAAUGUCACCCGUUGGUUCCUCACCUGUGUCAACCAGCCCCAGUUCAAGGCUGUCCUCGGGGAGGUCAAACUGUGUGAAAAAAUGGCCCAGUUUGAUGCCAAGAAGUUUGCAGAGAUGCAGCCCAAGAAAGAGGCACCUGCCAAGAAAGACAAGGCUGCAAAGGAGCCCAAGCCUCAGGAGAAGAAAGAGAAGAAAAAGGAGGAGAAGAAACCUGAACCCGAGGAAGAGAUGGAUGACUGUGAUGCUGUUUUGGCCGCCGAGCCCAAAGCCAAGGACCCCUUUGCAGAGUUACCAAAGAGCACGUUUGUCAUGGACGACUUCAAGAGAAAGUACUCCAACGAGGACACAGAAAAAGUAGCCAUUCCUCAUUUCUGGGAACAGUUUGACCCCGAGGGGUACUCCAUCUGGUAUUGCCAGUACAAAUACCCAGAAGAGCUUACAGAAGUCUUUAAAAGCUGCAACCUCAUCAGCGGUAUGUUCCAGCGCCUUGACAAACUCCGAAAGAAUGCCUUCGCUAGCGUCCUCUUGUUUGGUGCCAACAAUGACAGCUCCAUCUCUGGACUGUGGGUCUUCAGAGGCCAGAAACUGGCUUUCACUCUGUCCCAAGACUGGCAAAUCGACUACGAGUCAUAUGACUGGCGCAAGCUGGAUCCCGCCAGCGAUGAGUGCAAGACCAUGGUGAAGGAAUACUUCACGUGGGAGGGAGCGUUCAAGCAUGUGGGCAAAAGCGUCAACCAGGGCAAGAUCUUCAAGUGAGUGGACAUUGGGACAGUCUGGAAUGAAAGCACUUUAGGCCUCUCAACGCUUCCACCCUACAAACUUUGAGCCGCCAGGUGCUAAACGCAACCGAAGGUGUUUUGGAUUUCUUUGUGGCCCCAAACUUUUGCUGUGACCUGCGAAAUAAAAGUGUUUUCCACAGUG